GGCGAAGGUCGCCGUCCGCCACACCACACCUCCCUCAUCUCUCCCCUUCCUCUCUCAGUACCUUCUUCGCUUCUUUUUUCCAGGUUAUUUCGUUUCCUCCUGAUCUCCCCCGUUUCUUGGCUAAAUCCGGCGCGUACGCCUCCGUAAUUGCAAUCUGGGGGAGCAGAUUGCGAACCCGCCUCUCCUGAAGCCCUUGAUUUCCUGGGUGGUCGUGGCUCGCGCGCCAGCUGCUCGACGCAAUUCCGCUGCAGAAUCCUCUCUGCCAUUUGGAGUCGCGCAGAAUCUUCAGGUGGUGACGGUGGUUCGUAUGGCGUGUGCGCCAAAUUAUAUUGCCACUGGCCUUGCCAGCUAUGGGUUAUAUACGGGGGCAAGGGUACUCUCACCAAGCUACAGGAACUUCCCACAGAAAUCCUCUUACAAGUUUCUCAAGGUCCGUGCCCUGCAGGGAAAUGACGGUGGUAGAAGGCUGAUUGACAUAAUCCGAAUCAUCCCUGAGCUGUCAAGAAACUAUUUCAAAAGCGGGUCCAGGAGAGCUCUUUUUGGCGGCAUCGCGCUGCUGGGUGGCUUUUAUGUUGCGCAGACAAUAUCCCUGUCAUUCGGUGCCUUGGCCGUGAACGAUGUUAUAGCAGCGGUUGUGUGUGUCCUGCUGACCGAGUAUGUCACAAAGUUCUACUACAGCCGACCUAAGGUUACCUUCGCCGUCGCACUUCUCAACAAUUUCAAGAUGGGCUUCACAUAUGGCCUUUUCAUUGAUGCCUUCAAGCUUGCCAGCUGAUUUACGUUACCUCCUGCUGGUGCUUCACAUGCAUUUUCAUCACGGUAAGUAGGCAAAGAUGGUGAGAAAACGCAACACCAUGUGAUGUGUUACAGGGAUACAUUCCUUUUUUGGUCUUGUAUUUCCAUGUGAACAUUGGCCCAUUGCUGGCAUAGAACGAGGUGUGAUGAUACUGCAGGUCCAGUUUGUAGCCCGAGUUCAGCUUUGAUAUCUGGUUUGCGUCAAGGCAUACUUCUGGCUAUCCUAGUUGUGAGUAGAGCUUUGUUUUUAUAUUAUUGUUAGCUAAUUCAAGCUGUGGUACUUGUGGCUAUCCAGUCUAGCGCAUAGUUUGAUUUGCAGGCACUCUGUACUCUGUAGCUUAGCCCAUUGUGCAGGGCUGCAGGCAGUGUGUAGUUUAUGUUCAUAUUCUCAGAUAAAUUUCUUGAACCAAA